AUGACUACGACUGUAGAUAACAGUUUAGUGAGGUAUCCAGAAGUUAGAAUAACCGAUUUCCAAGGAGAGAUCUCGUUCUAUCCACCAUCCAAAUAUAACAUCGGUUCCGAUCCUCCCAUUGCACUUGGCGACAUUCGACAAGUUCUCAUAGAAUAUUGCGUGGUUCCAUUCCUAACCCCAAAUCUACAUCAAACUACCCCACAUGUAAAAUCCCUUUUACUAACAGGAAGUAAGGGAAGCGGUAAGAAAAUGUUACUACAUGCUGUUUGCACCGAAACAGGAUCUGUGCUUUUUGAUCUGACGCCAUCCAAUAUCGUUGGAAAGUAUCCAGGAAAGUCUGGACUGAUUAUGCUUAUUCAUUUAGUUUUGAAAGUAUCCAGAUUACUUCAGCCUUCUAUUAUAUACAUGGAUAAUGCGGAGAGGCCUUUCGUUAAAAAGAUUCCUAAGACCGAUAAGAGUGAUCCUAAAAGAUUGAAGAAAGAUUUGCCAAAAGUUAUAAAAAAUUUUAGCCCUGAAGACCGGGUAAUGUUAAUAGGCACAUCCAAUUUCCCAUGGGAAUGUGACCAGAAAUUGUUACAGCAAGUAUAUCAGAAAUUUAUUAUGAUACCGCCUCCAAACUAUAGUUCUAGGUAUACUGCAUGGAGUAAUCUUCUUGGGCAAUAUAUGCCAGUAAACUGGCAGUUUGAUAUGGGUCUAAUGACGAGGAUAUCUGACGCCUAUACUAUAGGGUCGAUAAUAAGUACUAUUAACGAAGUGAUGACAGUCAAGAGGAUGCUUCAGCUUCGUAUUCAUCCGUUGAGUCCUUUAGAGUUAGUAAACGCUUUAUGCAAGAGAACUCCAAUAUAUAAAGAAGAAGAAGAGGCGUUCGAACAAUGGUGGUCGAAGGUACCCACGGUUAGAAAAAGAGCAAGAGCAGUGGAGCUGCUGCAGGAAGAACAAGCAGAGUUGGCGGCUAAACAACAAGCAAAUGCUAAAAAGAAGAUAUAA